UUUGCGGCGACGGCGACUGAGUUGUCUCUCGGUUUUUUCGCGGUGCGGUUGUGUUUUUUGAGCUGCUGCGGCGGCAGCGUACGUUGUUUGACGUUUUGCCAGGCCGACUUCGAAUUUGGUUGAAACAAUUGGUCAUGUGUCUGAUAAAAUUUUCUAAACACACACGCACACACACAAGCGCCAAAAGAAGAGCCAACGAACUCGUGCAGCGACGCCCAAGAAUGGAGAAGAGCAAGGCAACAUGAAAAUUACGGCAACAACGAACACAGAAAAGAAGUAGAGAAGAAGAAAAGACGCCGUGUCGAUGCCGCAGUCGCAGCAUACAACAGUAUUUUAUUAGCGAGUGUUGUUGUCAUAUACACAUGCGCCCCAAUAACUGACCGUUCAUGUUCCACCUGCAUCAUAUGUAAAGAACACACUAAAACACAAUUCAAAAGAGAGCCCUCUGACGACGCCCUACAGCGGAGAAUACAAAUUUUAAUUUAUUUUGUGAUAGUUUCUAGUUUACUUAUAAGCUUUAAAGAAACCAAACAACGAUUGCAAGCCAAAAAGAAAACCAAUAUUGAAAUAUCCAAAAAUCCCGAAACGAAACGAAUCAAACACAAGCUACAAAUUGUAAUAAUGCAUUCCACAAGCACAACGAACUGCAAUAUGGCAAGAAGUCGGUAUCUGGCCUUGCUGUUGAUCGGCUGCCUGGCAUAUCCGGCCUUCAUUGAGGCCUGCUCCAGCCGCACAGUGCCCAAGCCACGUCCUUCCAUAUCGUCAUCCAUGUCGGGAACCGCAUUGCCGCCCACUCAGCCCCCUGCAACCACAACGACUGUGCGCACCACAACAACGACGCCCAGGCCCAACAUAACAUUCCCCACAUACAAGUGUCCAGAGACCUUUGAUGCCUGGUACUGCCUGAACGAUGCCCAUUGCUUUGCCGUCAAGAUCGGCGAUCUUCCUGUAUACAGCUGCGAGUGCGCCAUCGGAUUCAUGGGUCAACGAUGCGAGUACAAGGAAAUCGACGGAUCCUAUCUGCCCAAGCGGCCUCGUCCCAUGCUCGAGAAGGCGAGCAUUGCCAGUGGUGCAAUGUGUGCACUGGUCUUUAUGCUAUUCGUAUGCCUCGCAUUCUACCUCCGAUUCGAACAGCGCGCUGCCAAGAAGGCCUACGAGCUGGAACAGGAGGAGGAGGAGUACGAUCAAUGUGAUGAUCAGAAUAAAUGCGAGUGCUGCCGCAAUCAAUGCUGUGCUGCCGGCGACGAGCCUCUUGUCCAGGAACGCAAGUUGCCCUAUCACAUGCGGCUGGAGCAUGCCCUAAUGUCGUUUGCCGUACGUCGCACCACGAAACUGUGAAUGAAUUGGACACCACGGACACGGGCACGGACACGAAUAUGCCUUGGGUAACAGGAAAACUGUUCCAUUCAACGAAUUUUAAAUGUGCUUUAGUCUAAGGCCCUACUAUUCCUAUUUACUAAAUGUUAAUUGUAAACUGCUGUCCACAUGCUGUCUGUCCACUCACAGUCCACAGUGACUAAGAUCCUGUUUACUAUAGAAGAGAAUUCCACUUUCUCGUUCCAGACAUACUACAGAGCAUACUGGAGCAAGGCUUUGUAUUAUCAAAUCGAAUGUAUUUUUAUACCUUAUGCUAGCUAUUUAUUUUAUUCUGAUAUACGUACGUAUUACAAACACGCAAAACACAACGAGGAUCACGCGCCAAGUAUUAUUUAUUUCGAGGAAGAAAUUUAUACACAAUUAUUUUGAACAAAUUCUGAAUAAACAUAAGAUGCUGCACGAUGCAAAU